UUUUUAAGUGGCCAUUUUCAACCAAAACCACUAGAGAUAGCGGAGAGAUUUAAAUUCUAUAAAAGAAGACAAGAGCCUGGUGAAUCAGUUUCAGCAUAUGCCAUUGCGUUACGGAAACUCGCCAGCACCUGCUGUUUUGGGGACUACCUGCCCACUGCUCUGCGAGACCAGUUUGUAAUGGGCACUGCAAGUGAUGCAGUGCUAAGGAGAUUGCUUACAGAAGAAGAUUUAACAUUUAAAAAGGCAAUGAACAUGGCAAGCAUUAUAGAACAAGCCUCUAAGGAUGCUAAUCUAUUACACAGCAGACUGGACAACCCACAGGAGGCAGAGCUAGACGUUUUAAAAUUAGACGCUAGAGCAUGGCGUAUACCACAGGGAAAGAGACUUUCAAAAUAG